CCUUUAUCCACUCUAAGUCUCCUCCCCUCCCUCCCCUCAACUCAACUCAACUCAACUCAACUCAACCUUUACUCUACAAAGGUAUGCAUGCAUGCAUGCAUGCAUCCACGGCUUCCUCCGCUCGUAUCAAUACGCCGUACAGUAUCCUUAACUUAUCCGAUGCCUCACCUCACCUCACCUCACCUCACCUCACCUCACCUCACCUCACCUCACCUCACCUCACCUCAUCUCAACAGCCAACCCAGGCCAACCCCAGCCAAGAAUUGCCCUUUAAUCCCCAGGCUCAGGCUCAGGCUCAGGCUCACGGCGACGGCGACAGCGACGGCGAUAAUCCGAUGCAACGCGAGUAGCACAGCCAAUUGCACUAUCGCCAAGAUCCAGUCGGCACACUACUGUACCACCCGAACAGGACCACCAGGACCCCGACAAACCGUGGCCGAGCAUUGGCACGAUGCCGUGAUUGAUGCUCACGAGCGCUUGGCGGAGAAGUUAUCUGGAGAACAAAGGCUUGGGGGUUGCACUGGGGCUGUUGGGGAGUUGGCUCAGCCUUCUUUUCUGCCUUUCUUCGCCUUCUUGUCGUCUGCUUGUCGCCGCCAGUGCCAACAUGACGUCUCCCUGCACCUUCUGUGUCGAGUGCGCUAAGCGAGCGACGAUGUCAGUGGGAAUGGACCGUUCAGCGUAGUGUGCUUGGCCGGCCCUUGGUACUUGUACGCUCCCUCCAGUGCCCUUAAAGCAUCCACCCCAAGCACUGCACGAAAACAUCUCGUUGGUCCAUCGUCCCGCCAAGUUUCUAGAACUCCAUAUUUUACUUCUGGAGGGUCGCUGAUAUCACUUGGCCCAUGGUUGAGUUUGCGGCCAUCACCCCGCCCCAUCUCAUCUAUCUCCUGUCCAUCUCCCUGUGAAACUGCCUCUAUCGCCCACCCCUCACCACCCACCGCCCAGUAGCGGGGUCAUUGGGUGCUUCUUCUCAUUCGACAAUGGCUUAAGUCUCCCAAGCUGCCUCUAUCUCCAAGAAUUGGCUUCUUGGUACGUGACCACUUACCUUCCUAAGGUUUUUGGUGGAAAUAUUGGCGCCAUGAGGAAUGACGUUGUCUCACAAGAGAGGGUACUUACAAGAUAAAGUAUAAUAAUCUUUAGUUCCCCUCUCUCUUCUUCAUUGCUUGUUUUUCACUUGUCAUUCUUUUCGACAAUUCCUCUCUAUACCAAUCUUGGUAGAACUCUGCAACAAUGGCAGACUUAGAGAAGAACGUCUCGCCGGCAAAGCCUCAAGGGAUCAGGUUUGAAGAUGCUAAACCUGAAGAGACCAAGUCGGAACAGUCUCAACAAUCCCAAGAGAGCACGCCCCAAGCGGUUGACGGUCAUGUUUCGGGACAAUCCAAUAAGCCAAUGUCACUUCCGGCUCAUUCAUUGACUGGCGAGGCAUUGGUUGAAGAACUCAAGGUUGAUACAGAGAAUGGACUCACAUCGGCGGAAGCGAAGACCAGACUGGAAGAGUAUGGUCUGAACAAGCUCGACGAAGGUCCAGGCGUUCAACCUGUGAAGAUUCUCAUUCGACAAAUUGCAAAUGCAAUGAUUUUGAUUCUUAUCAUUGCCAUGGCUGUCAGUUUCGGUAUUCAAUCUUAUAUUGAGGGUGGGGUCGUCUUGGCGGUCAUCUUCCUCAACAUUGUUGUUGGUUUCUUCCAAGAAUACAAUGCUGAGAAAACACUCGACUCUCUACGAUCAUUGAGCUCCCCAACCUCAAGCGCCAUUCGAGAUGGAAAGAACGAGACAGUCGCAACGGUACACCUGGUUCCCGGAGACUUGGUAGAAUUAGAAACUGGUGAUUUGAUCCCGGCAGAUAUUCGAUUGCUUGAGGUCAUGAACUUCGAGACCGACGAAUCGGCCCUUACCGGAGAAUCGCUUCCAGUUGUGAAAGACUGCCACGCUACCUUCCCAGCGGAACUUGGCCCUGGAGACCGCAUCAACGUUGCCUUCAGCUCCACCACAGUAACAAAAGGUCGAGCCACAGGAGCAGUAUUUGCUACUGGCAUGCACACCGAAAUCGGCUCCAUUGCUGCCGCUAUACAAAAGAAGGAUGGAAAGAAGAGGAAGGUCAAGAGGAAGGCUGAUGGCACCGCAAAGCCUCAUCGCUAUCUGCAGGCUUGGGGCUUGACGGCGGGAGACUUCAUUGGUCACUUCCUCGGUGUCAAUGUUGGAACACCACUUCAACGCAAACUUUCCAAAUUUGCGAUUCUUUUGUUUGGUAUCGCCGUUGUCUGUGCUAUCAUCGUCAUGGGGGCCAAUGAAUUUGCGAACAACAAGGAGGUCAUUAUUUACGCCGUCGCAACAGGAUUGUCUAUGAUUCCUGCAUCCCUCAUCGUCGUUCUCACUAUCACCAUGGCAGCCGGUACCAAACGUAUGGUUGAACGUCAAGUCGUGGUUCGCAAGCUCGACUCUCUGGAAGCCCUUGGAGGUGUCACAGAUAUUUGUUCCGAUAAAACAGGUACCCUCACUCAGGGAAAGAUGGUUGUCAAGAAGGCAUGGCUUCCAUCCGCUGGAACGUUCUCGGUUGGCACAUCGAACGAUCCCGUUGACCCAACUCAAGGAGACCUUUCCCACAGCUCCAUUCAUCCCUUUCAAUUGACUGGUAAGAAGGAUCAGCAGCCAGCAGAAAACGACCAAGUAAAACCAUUCCAGGAACUUCUCGACGAUCAUCCACAUUUGGCAAGCUAUCUCGACAUCGCUUCGCUUGCAAAUCUAGCCAAGAUCCACAAAGCCGACGAUGGCUGGAAAGCUACUGGCGACCCAACAGAAAUUGCCAUUCAAGUCUUCGCCAGUCGAUUCAAAUGGCAAAGAGAGAGAUGGACCACUGGCGACUCGCCAAAGUGGGAACAAGUCGCCGAAUACCCAUUCGACUCAGAUGUGAAGAAGAUGACUGUCAUUUUCAAGUCUGCGGAGAAGCAUAUGGUUUACAGCAAGGGUGCCGUUGAACGUGUCAUCCAGUCAUGCACUCACAUUCAAAAAGAUGCUAAUGCCGAACCCGUCGAACUUACGGAAGACAUUGCAUCCAAUAUCCUGGCAAACAUGGAAGCUCUCGCUGCCCAAGGACUUCGUGUUCUGGCUUUGGCAAGCAAAGAAUGGCACGAUACGACUUCUCCCAAGGAGAAGAACGAACAAGCUCCUCGAGACGAUGUUGAGAAGGAUCUCAUUUUCCAAGGUUUGGUGGGUCUAUACGACCCUCCACGUCCUGAAUCGAAGGGUGCCGUUCAAGAAUGCCACGAAGCUGGUAUUGUUGUCCACAUGUUGACUGGUGAUCAUCCCGGAACAGCCAGAGCCAUUGCAGCACAGGUUGGGAUUCUUCCAGCUGACAUGCAAUCACUGGCCAAACGCGUUACAGAUUCUAUGGUUAUGACAGCUAGUCAAUUUGACAAACUCACAGAUGACGAUAUUGACAACCUUCCCGUCCUUCCGUUGGUUAUCGCCAGAUGUUCUCCAAACACCAAGGUUCGCAUGAUCGAUGCCCUUCACCGCAGAGGUUGCUUCGCAGCCAUGACCGGAGAUGGAGUAAACGACUCGCCAUCACUCAAGCGUGCCGACGUAGGUAUCGCUAUGGGACAAGCCGGUUCGGACGUCGCAAAGGACGCAUCCGACAUCGUCUUAACCGACGACAACUUCGCCUCGAUCCUCAACGCCAUCGAAGAAGGCCGCCGCAUGUUCGACAACAUCCAGAAAUUCGUGCUCCACCUCCUCGGCCAAAACAUCGCCCAAGCAUGCACCCUCCUCAUCGGUCUCGCCUUCAAGGACAACGAGCGCCUCUCCGUCUUCCCCCUCUCGCCCGUCGAGAUCCUCUGGGUCAUCAUGAUCACCUCGUCCCUCCCCGACAUGGGCCUCGGCUUCGAGGUCGCCGCCCCGGACAUCAUGCAGCGGCCGCCGCAGUCCCUCAAGACCGGCGUCUUCACCUGGGAAGUCAUGAUCGACAUGAUGGUCUACGGGCUCUGGAUGGCCGCCCUCUGCUUAUCGGCAUUCAGCAUCGUGCUCUUCGGCUUCGGCGACGGCGAGCUGGGAAUCGGCUGUAAUAAUAGCAUUGAUCAGGGGUGCGGGACUGUCUUCCGCGCACGAGCUACGACCUUCGUGUGCAUGACUUGGUUCUCGCUCUUCCUAGCCUGGGAAAUGGUCAACAUGCGCCGCUCCUUCUUCCGCAUGCAGCCGAAAUCUACAAAGUACUUCACCCAAUGGGCCAUCGACAUCUGGCGCAACAAGUUCCUCUUCUGGUCCAUCGUGGCGGGCUUCGUCACCGUGUUCCCCACCCUGUACAUCCCCGUGCUGAACGACCGCGUCUUCAGACACAUCGGCAUCACGUGGGAGUGGGUGGUGGUCAUUAUUGAGACGAUCUUGUUCUUUGCGGGCGUCGAGACCUGGAAGUGGUGUAAGAGGAUCUAUUUUAGGAGGGUGGCGAGGAAGUUGAAUCUUAAUCAUAAGGAUUUGAGUCAGAGUGUUUUUGCGAGGUAUAAUACUGAGGAGGUUAAGGAGCAGGUGUAGGCUGGGCUGGCUGGCUGCGAGCGAGCGAAGCGAGCUAGUGAGCAAUCGAGAGGCGGCUUGCUUUGUUUUUUCUUUGAUGUUUUUGGAUCGGUUAGGUGUUGGUGGCGUCGUUUGCUUUUUUUCCCUCUUCGCACUUGUAUCUUUUGGGUGUGUUCGUUAAAUGAGGGGUUUGGGUUGGG